AUGCAGCAAACACUCUUUACACCAAACCAGAAUCAACCACCUGCAAUAAUCAAAAGCAUCGAGUCCAAUGGCACUUCAUCCUUUACAUCGGCAUUAGUGGUGAGGCUUCUCAGCACCAUAUCCGACAGCCCAAAUAUUGGGCAUAACCCGCAGCUACCCAAGCGAGAAGACAUGUUGAAAAUGGAACAGAAGGAGAGGAAGGAUAAGAGGUUGCGCGAUCUUGAUGGGUUUUCGUAA